CGCCGGACCCGUCGCUGCCGUCGCCACCCCCGCCUGGCAUGGAGCUGCUGGCCGCCGCGCUCAGCGCCGCCUGCGCCCUGGACCACGACGGCUCGGCGGAGAGCGUGGCCGGAGCCCGCCCGCCCGGCAGUGAAUCCCCUUCCAUGGCUGGACCAGUUCCUCUGCCUGAAGACAGCCCUGUGCUUCAAGACUGCCCUUCUGCUUUCCCAGAGGGCCUGCAAAUUAUCCACCCUAUGACAGCUGACUCCUGGAAAAACUUCAUUGAGCAAAUAGGACUCUUGUAUCAAGAAUAUCGGGAUAAAUCCACACGUCAGGAGAUAGAAACUAGGCGGCUGCAGGAUUCACAGACAGAUAUUGAAGAGUGCACAACUACUGAGGAGACACCAUCAGAAAAAGAAUCUACAGAUACAGUGGAAAACAAGGCCGUUCCCCAGAUUAACCUGCUCAGAAACUCCACUUCCAGGUUUAAUUUAUGGCAAGAUCUUCCCGAAGUCAGAAGCAGUGGUGUUCUGAAUAUUCUUCAACCAGAUGAGAUCAAACUUCAAGAGGCCAUGUUUGAAUUGGUCACUUCAGAAGCUUCAUACUACAAGAGCCUGAAUCUGCUGAUAUAUCAUUUCAUGGAAAAUGAGAGAUUGAAAAAGAUUCUACAUCCCUCAGAGGCCCAUAUCCUCUUCUCCAAUGUCCUGGAUGUCAUGGCAGUCAGUGAGCGUUUCCUCUUGGACCUUGAGAAGCGGGUAGAAGAGAACAUUGUGAUAUCAGACAUCUGCGAUAUUGUCUAUCGUCAUACUAUUGACCAUUUCUCGGUGUAUGUAACCUAUGUCUCCAACCAGACAUACCAGGAGAGAGCUUACAAGCAAGUUCUUCAGGACAAGCCAGCUUUCCGGGAGGUAAUCUCACAGUUGGAACUGGAUCCCAAAUGUAAAGGACUGCCUUUUUCAUCCUUCUUGAUUUUGCCUUUUCAAAGGAUCACUAGACUGAAGCUGCUGGUACAGAAUAUUCUGAAGAAAGUAGACGAAAAAUCGGAACGGGAAAUCACUGCCCUUGAAGCACACAAGGAAUUGGAAACAGUGGUGAAGGCAUGCAAUGAAGGUGUUAGGAAGAUGAGCCGUACAGAACAGAUGAUCAGCAUCCAGAAGAAGCUGGAAUUUAAGAUCAAGUCUGUUCCCAUCAUCUCUCACUCCCGUUGGGUGCUAAAGCAGGGGGAUCUACAGCAGAUGAACGGGCCCAAAACAUCACGUACCCUCCGGUCAAAGAAACUCUUCCGAGAAAUUUACUUGUUCCUCUUCAAUGAUUUGCUAGUGCUCUGCAGGCAAAUUCCUGGCGACAAAUACCAGGUGUUUGAUUCUGCUCCCCGAGGGCUUCUUCGAGUGGAGGAGCUGGAGGACCAGGGACAGAGCUUGGCCAAUGUCUUCAUCCUGAGGCUGCUGGAAAACGCAGAUGACCGUGAAGUCAGCUAUAUGCUAAAAGCAUCAUCCCAAAGUGAGAUGAAGCGUUGGAUGAUUUUGCUGGCUCCAAAUCGACGAACCAAAUUUGUUUCCUUUACAUCCAGGCUCAUGGAUUGUCCCCAAAUACAGUGUGUCCAUCCUUAUGUGGCUCAGCAGCCAGAUGAGCUGUCUCUGGAACUGGCUGAUGUAUUGAACAUCCUGGAAAAGACAGACGACGGUUGGAUAUAUGGGGAGCGUUUGCAUGAUCAAGAAAGAGGUUGGUUCCCCAGUUCUAUGGGUGAGGAAAUCCUGAAUCCCAAGAUACGAUCCCAGAACCUGAAGGAGUGUUUCCGGGUGCAUAAGACGGAUGACAGCCAGCGAAGAAAGAUGGGCAGCAGAAACAAACAAUGAUUAUUGCACACACGUUUCUGUUCUGCUUUAGAAGCAAUUUAUGGCAGAGGCUGAGGCAAUGGGGAUUCAUUAACUGGGAGG